GAUGCCAGGAGGAGGUGCGGGAGGGGGAGGAUGAGCUCCGACUGGGGCAGUUAAUCCAUGGCAGCGAGGAAAUCAUGGCUCAGCCGCUCACGGAUUUACGCUCCAUCCUGCGCCGCUGGAAGAGAAACUGGUUCGUUCUCUACCUGGAUGGCAGCUUGGUUUACUACCACGACGAGACACAGCGCGACAUGGACGGCCGGAUCCACAUCAAAUACAGCUGCCGGGAUGUCAGGACUGGCCGCGAGUGCAGAGAUGUGCAGCCCCCCGAGGGGAAGAGCCGCGACUGCCUGCUGACCGUCGUGCUGCGGGACAGCUCCAAGACGAUGCUGUGCGCUGAGAGUGAGGAUGACGCCAUCGCUUGGAAGAUGGCCGUGCUGGAGGCUAAAUCCACCCCGGUGCACGUCUACGACCCCUACGACGAUGACUACUACCAGACGGUGCCCCUCGACUCCCACCAGACCGCCUACAUCAGCUCCGGCCACUACGGCCACCAGUACGGAGCUCCCGGGGUGACCCACGUCAUCGUGCGCGAGGAUCCCUACCGGGUCUCCGGGGACCAGAUGGCCUUGGGGCUGCUGGCGGGGGCUGCCACCGGCGCCGCCCUGGGCUCCUUCAUGUGGAUGCCGUGCUGGUUUUAG